AUGUUGCGUAUGGUUUGGCCCUGGAUAGGGCUGCUGUCGGUCACCUAUGCCGCUCCUAAAGCCCCCAUUGACUUUUCGACUCUCCUCGCAAAUACAACCAAUUUGUGGUCGCACGGCACGGUGGUCUCUCUACCCGAAGAUGCCUACUUCGAGAAUGCCACCGAACGCUGGACCACCUGGGCGGCUCCCAGCUAUUUUGCUGCUGUCAGUCCGGCUACCGAGCAGGACGUGGCCACCGCCAUCAAACUGGCUACCUCUGCGAAUAUCUCUUUCCUGACCACUGGCGGCCGUCACGGAUUCACAGUCACGUUGGGGGAGCUGGAUCAAGGACUGGCCAUCGACCUUGGCCAGCUCAAUUCCUACCAGAUUGACUCGAUCGCCGAAACCGUCACCAUCGGCGGCUCCACCACCAUUGGUGACUUGUUGGAACCGCUCGCUGCGGCCGGAUUCAUGAUUCAAAGCGGCUCCGGCUCUUGUCCGGGAUACGUGGGUCUGACCGUGGGCGCGGGAGUCGGACGGUACAUGGGCUAUUUUGGCCUGGUAAGUGACGGACUGGUCUCUGCUCGGAUGGUCACAGCGGACGGAAGACUGGUCCAGGUCUCUGCCACCGAGAAUUCCGAUCUCUUCUGGGGUCUUCGAGGUGCCGGGGCCAACCUGGGAGUCAUCACGUCCGCCACCUACAAGCUGCACCGGAUGUCGGACCACAACAACGGCAUGAUCAUGAAUGCCGACUUCAUCUUCCCUCUCAACCAUACCGAGGCGUACUUCCGGUACUUGGCCACGUGGAGCGGACGCAUGCCAGCCCACGUGGCCGCCAUCACGCUGGUGAACUAUAACACCACCACUCAGGAGCCCCAGGUGCACGCGAACUGGAUUUAUAUCGGUCCCGAGGCCGAGGCCCGUCAGUUCCUGGCUCCGAUCCUCGCGCUUCACCCCGCCUCGUCGACCCUGACUUACGUGCCGUGGAACAAACUGCUCGCUACCGCCGGGGGCGCCGGCUUCAACGACGCCCUGUGCCAAAAGGGGGCCAACCGGAACUUCUACACCGUGAACCUGCGCACCCUCACCGCAACCACCUUCCAGGAGACCUUCGACCAGAUGGCAGAGUUCUACGCCGGGUACCCCGAUGCUCCGUCCACCUACAUCAACAUCGAGACCUUUCCGAAUCAAGCCACCGUCGCCGUGCCGGACGAUGCCACCGCCUAUCCCUGGCGAGACGCGAUUGGCUUCAUUCAGGUAGGAAUCAUCCCGAAUGAGGGCGCGAGCAACGAGACGCAGCAAGCCGGAGAUCAGCUGGCUCUGCGGCUCCGUCAGAGUUGGGUCCAGACCUCAGGCUACCCGGACCUCUCGAUCUACGUGAAUUACGCCCAUGGCGACGAGACGCUAGAACAGAUCUACGGGCGGAACAAAUUGCCGCGGCUGGCGGCGUUGAAGAAGCAGUGGGAUCCCAAGAACGUUUUUGGUUAUAAUAAUGCGUUGCCCACGACGUAUCAUUGA